CAUGCCCGCCCCCGCCGCGCCCCGCCGCCUGGCCGCCGCCGCCCCCGCCGGCAAAGCCAAGCUCACCCACCCCGGCAAGGCCAUCCUGGCAGGUGGCCUGGCCGGAGGGAUCGAGAUCUGCAUCACAUUCCCCACCGAGUACGUGAAGACGCAGCUGCAGCUGGACGAGAAGGCAAACCCUCCCCGCUACAAGGGCAUCGGGGACUGCGUGAAGCAGACUGUCCGUGACCAUGGCGUCCGGGGGUUGUACCGGGGGCUCAGCUCGCUGGUGUACGGCUCCAUCCCCAAGGCUGCCGUCAGGUUCGGGAUGUUCGAGUUCCUCAGCAACCAGAUGAGAGACGAGAAGGGGCGGCUGGACAGCACGCGGGGCCUCGUCUGCGGGCUGGGCGCCGGCGUGGCUGAGGCCGUGGUGGUGGUCUGCCCCAUGGAGACCAUAAAGGUGAAGUUUAUCCAUGACCAGUGCUCCCCCAAGCCCAAAUACCGCGGCUUCUUCCACGGCGUCCGGGAGAUCGUUCGGGAACAAGGACUGAAAGGGACCUACCAGGGCUUAACCGCAACUGUUCUGAAGCAAGGAUCAAACCAGGCCAUCCGCUUCUUCGUCAUGACCUCCCUCAAGAACUGGUACAAAGGGGACGAUCCCAACAAGGUCAUCAACCCCUUCGUCACGGGAGUGUUUGGAGCCCUCGCCGGAGCUGCGAGCGUCUUCGGCAACACCCCCUUGGACGUGGUGAAGACGAGGAUGCAGGGGCUGGAAGCACACAAGUACAAGAGCACCUGGGACUGCGCCUACCAGAUCAUGAAAUACGAAGGGCCCCUGGCGUUUUACAAGGGCACAGUGCCUCGCCUGGGCCGCGUCUGCCUUGACGUGGCCAUCGUCUUCGUCAUCUACGAUGAGGUGGUCAAGUUCCUCAACAAGGUGUGGAAAACGGACUGAGGGGGGCCGGGCCGGGGCGG